AUGGUUUCUUCUCAAGUCACUAACCUGGCCAUCAUCCUUGUGAUGAUGCAGCUGUCGAAGAAGAUUGCAUUCGAAGACCCGGAUGUUCUCUUCCUUGUCCGUUGCCUGUACAUCGCAUCCAAUGCGAUCAUCCUCGGAACCUACCUGUACACGCAGUCCAAGAUCAGCCAAAAGAAGGACAUGACUACGCUGAAGUAUGUCGAGCCUGCCCCUAUGGGCAGUAGCGAGGAGCCCCGUCCGGUCACGACCACCAACAUGGACUACGACAAGGGACAGCUCCGCCAGCUGAUGAAGUCGCAGCUGAUGGGUGUUGGUAUGAUGGGUGUCAUGCACCUGUACUUCAAGUACACCAACCCUCUUCUGAUCCAGUCGAUCAUUCCUCUCAAGAGCGCGCUCGAGUCGAACCUGGUCAAGAUCCACGUCUUCGGCAAGCCUGCGACUGGAGAUCUCCAGCGGCCCUUCAAGGCUGCUAACAGCUUCCUGAACCAGGGCCAGGUCAAGAGCGACAAGGCUUCCGUCGAGAACGCGGAGAAGAACUGGCGCGGUGGUGUGAAGGAGGAGUAA